AUGACCUCACUGUUGACGUCGAUGUCCGAAGUGGUGGUCAUACUCAGGAGUGACGUGCUGGACAUAGCGCGCGUGUUGGAGUCCUGGUGGCGGGGCUUGGUGCUGCUUGCACGUUUGCUGAUCUACUUUUGUUGCUUAAUCCACCAGGCUUUGUUUGAGUUAAAGGCACCUGUGGCGGUCAUGAUGGCACCCAGCGUGUUCCAGAGAACCAAGUCUCCGCGCUCCUCGCCUGGCAACCAGCCUAGAAAAUUACUGAACGGCGCAGAAUCCGCCAGCCAGUCAGAGCAAGCCGCCGACUCCAGCCCGGGAAACUCCAUAUCCGACGCCGAGAACUUCGAGUGCUAUGGCGAAGCGGACGCUGACGCACCAGCCAAUACGUUAGAAAACGGGUCCAGAAGUCCGGCGAAUCCAUUAAACCGUCACUCAUGGACUAGGACGAGCCUCAGGAGGACUCCGCCCAGCCAUCAAGAGAACUUGCCGCAUCGGAGAUGGGGCUCGAUGAGACACUCGGGGAAGCGGCAAAUUGGAUCAAAUGUUUUGGCCAGCCAAUUGUACCGGUCGUCGUCUUUCAACUCGUCGGGCUGCGGCUCGGGCGGGGAACCUGCGGACGAUAUGUACUCUGAUGUCUCGCUAGAGGAAGACGUUCAAGGCCUAAAUUAUAAGGAAAGGGCUUUAAACAAUACGAUGUGCCGCUCCAUUAGAUAUCGCAGGACGACAGCAAUGGUGGCCGGAAACGUUCCGUCAGCCGCGGCCAACUUCCUGUCAGAUGCGUGCCUCUUUAUGAUAAAUGGC